UCUGACAUCUCCACCCCUACUACCGCCCACAAUGACGGCCUGAACCCGUUCGACACCGACCUGGAGGCCAUGGUCUCCUCGCGGACGCUGACAGUUGGGGACGACUCAUGCGGCAUGAAGUCCACGACCAACGUCAACAUCAAGGGCAGUAGCCCAGACUGCCAGGUGUGGCCUGGCAAGGACCACUGGAAGAAGAAGGCCAAGACGGCCCGCGUCAACCGCCACUCGUGCCAGAUGCUCGCCAAAAUGAGCAAGCGCAACAGGAUAAUAGCCAAGAUCUCCAUCAUCGCCUUGAUCCUGGCCAUUGCCCUCGCCGUCGGCCUGGGCGUGAGCAAGUCCCUUGGUGCCGCAAUUUGGAGCCCC